AUAAAGAACAAACACUGGUACACUUACACCACACCACACCAAACGGCUCCCUCUCGCGUCCUCUGGCUCUCAUCCUCACUUCCUCAGCCACGAAUCCCGCCGGCCAGGCGUCCGCUCCGAGCCUUCUCCAAAGACGACGUCAGUUUCUGCUCCAGACGCAAGCUCCAUCGACGCUGCCGCCGACGACUCCCCUCCAUCGACGACGCGGCGAUAACCUCCUAUCCCGCCUCCAGCUCCAUCGACGUCGCCGCCGCCAGACUCCCCUCCAUCCGUCCUCUGUACGUCUCCUCUGCUUGGAUCUGAGACUGCCCUCAGCUGCAGAAUAAUGGCGGAAGAUCUGGUUCUAGAUACUGCAAUCAGAGACUGGGUGCUGAUCCCUCUCUCUGUGGUUAUGGUUCUAAUUGGUGUGCUACGGUAUUUUGUCUCUAAGCUUAUGCGUUCUUCCCAAACCCCUGAUGUCAAAAUUGUCAAAGAAGGGCAAGUGAUGCUUAGAGCUCGGAACCUGCGUGCCGGAGCGAAUUUUAUUCCAGCUAAAGCUUUCCGUGCUCGCAAGAUUUACUUUUGUAACGAGGAAAAUGGGCUGUUGUUUGUUCCAAAGGGACAAGCGCAGAAUCCGCAAGCUCAGAUGUUCUCCGAUCCAAACAUGGCCAUGGAUAUGAUGAAGAAAAACCUUUCUAUGAUCAUUCCUCAGACUCUUACCUUUGCUUGGGUGAACUUUUUCUUUUCUGGUUUUGUAGCAGCCAAGAUACCCUUUCCGUUGACACAGAGAUUUAGGUCGAUGUUACAGAAUGGAAUAGACCUAAGCACAGUAGAUGUUAGCUAUGUUAGCAGCCGCUCCUGGUACUUCCUCAAUUUGUUUGGAUUACGAGGAUUGUUUAGUCUCAUCUUGGGGGAGGAAAAUGCUGUGGAUGAUACACAACGUAUGAUGCAAAUGGGUGGAUUUGGAAUGGACCCUUCGAAGGGCUUGAGUGCUGAGAAAGACAAUCUUGACAUAACACAACAUGAUUGGGCCUUACCAAAUUUCGAGCAACGCGCUGAAGCUGUGUUAAGGAAAUUUGUCAAUUGAUCAAUGUUAUGCAAUAGGGAGUUUAAUUGCUUGCAUUAACAGGAGGAUACGAACCAAACAUAUAACCACAGCGAAAGAUGUUGCUGAUCGUGUUGAAGCUAUUAGUGUAUUUUCAAAGCCAACACCUUUCAUUAUUAUUAGAAAGCACUGAUAACCAGAGUUUAAAUUACACAUUAGUUGCAUUUUUUUUUUCUGAAUGUCCAUAAUCAUAAGAAACAUGAUUUUUUCCCAUGAGACGUUCAACUUUGUACUGUGUUUUAAGUCAUACUACUACUUUCUUUAUCCAUAACUUGCUGGCUUGAUGCACUAACUUUAUUUGUGGAAAUUAUUAUUGUUCCUAUUUUUGGAUUGGCAUGAAAAAUUUGGGAGUUAUUAUUGUUCCUAUUCAA